AUGGUACUGGUUCUGCCUCGCUUGAGCCUCAGCACUGAGAGGUUUAGAUCGCAAUACGACCCCCUCUUUUACUUGAUCUUCCUCACGAGUGCGGACCAUGAGUGGACAGCCUCAACUUUCGUACUAUGGAUUCUUGUAUCCUCUCUACAAACACUAACAAGUGCAACAGAAGCGUCAAGUGAUACUGAGAACAAUCAACGUGAAAAACGCCAUAUAGACACACUGGGAUCGGGUUUUAUCAAAAAGAACACUGUCGGUGCUCAUGUACGAGAAGGCACCGAUGAAAAGCGAACUCUGGAUCACCUAGGAUCGGGGUUCAUCAAGAAGGAUCACGGGAACGAACGUUCACAAAGUAACGAUGGACAUAGGGUGGAUGGCAAGCGCUACAUGGAUACCCUCGGUAUGGGUUUCAUUAAGAGGGAGUUCGAAAAGCGACCCUUUGAUAAACUUGGGAUGGGCUUCAUAAAGAAAAGCCAUGACAACUACGAAAAACGCCCUUUCGACCAGCUAGGAAUGGGUUUCAUCAAGCGUGAUGGCAAUGACGUCAGAGGCGACAAACGUUUCGUGGAUACACUGGGAAUGGGUUUUAUAAAAAAGGACAGUAACUCGCGUCAGAAAAGGUACAUCGACACCCUGGACAUGGGACUGGUCCGUAAGAGAGACGGCGAGGACAAACGCUACAUUGAUUCCUUGGACAUGGGCCUCAUUAAAAGGCGUAAUUUAGAUCAAUUCCACGGACUCCUGGGGCGGAACUAUGAGAGAGGACUGCUAGCCGAGAAACGGAAAAGAGUCUUGGAUACUUUGGGCUCGUCUUUCAUUAAGAAAUCUUCGGGCGAAAAACGUCAUUUAGAUUACAUCGAUACGCUUAUUAAAAAGUCGGAUGAAGAGAACGAGACGGAGAAGAGGUAUGUGGAUUACAUCGACAGCGGUCUGCUUAAGAGAGAUGAAGAUCUACACCCCGCCGCCAAGCGCCCCCUAGAUUCGCUGGAUAUGGGCCUCGUGCGCAGGGAACAUCCGGGUAAUGAGGAGAAGCGACACCUGGACUCAAUCGGCAUGGGCUUCAUAUAAAAAGGGGAGGCAAAUUUAUCAGCUGCACGCGUGCGUAAGCCUCCAACCAUGCUCUUCAUGCAAUGGAGUUAUUUUUCACAAAUGUCACGUGAUCCAUUUAGUUUUAUUUCAUUCGGAAGCCCUUGAUUAGAAAUUUAACCAUCGAUAACCGGUAAUGAGGCGAGAAGAUCCGCUGACCAGUCUUAAGAGCUGAUGCACGUUUCGUUUUGUUGAUUUGUUUUUGUAUUUCAAUUACAAGCCUUAAGAUAACGGAGAGAGGGAUGAUAUAUGGUGCCGAAAGAAUUCGUCUUACGAUAUAUAAUGCAAAAAUUAAUUCCUACAGAAUGUUGUGUAAAAGUCCAGUCGGGAGGAUAUGAAAAAGACGAUUUUAAGCUAGACGGUAAAACAAAUAAGACCACCCUAAGGAUCAGCCAUGAUUUCCAAACGGUCACUUAUUUGUAUAAAGACAUUUUCUCCGAAGAUGGAUAAAAAUUGGGGUAGGCAAAUGACGACUGCCUUUUGUACAAUACAGAAGGUUUGAUUUCUCUAUGCACUGCGUUGUUGUCUUGUCAGCAACAAAUGGUUGUUCACUAACAGGAAUUUUGAUUUCAUUUUUCGACUCCUUGUUCCAGCCAUUUGACCUAAAUCAUUGUUUGUUAAAAAGGACACUACAGUUAAAUACAUUCUACUUGAUUUUACCCGAAGAUUCAAAAUUGUGUUCGCUUAUCGCAGAAAAAUCGAAAUAAAGACCUUGUUAUUUAUAAUCUUAAUCAAUAUCAAUCAAAAUUACACUAUCGCAUCACUUGUUCUGAACUGAUAUUACGUUAGAAAGUGUCAGCUUCAUUUUGAUCAUGGUGUAAACUACUAAACAAAGAAGCUACGUUUGAAAAUCUAUUUAGCUAGUUAAGUAGUAUUUUUAUAAAAGGGAAAAUGAUUGCAUCAAAAAGGCACUCCGUGUAGUGUUUAUACCAGAGCAAAUCUGUUGUUUUCUCUUCUGCAUUCUACUACACAGAGUAUGUAUCGGGAUCAAACACCUGGAGAGUACACAAGCACAACUGCGCCCAGAUAAAAUAAAAAGGACGUGUCUUUAUUGUAAUUUGGACCAAACUGUAUAGCCUGCCAGGUUUUCAUUGAUCUGCUAGUUGUUAUUAUUCUAAAACAGGACCGGGUGUCACGUCUGGUGUUGUCAGCAUGGCGUUCCAGUGAGUCAGUACUGUAAAUACGUCAGCCCUUAUGACCGCCUUGGUGCAUAGCUUUACAGUUUUUAAAACAAC